AUGACACUGGCAUUUCAUGCACCCCAACCGACAACCAGUUUCGUCGGUCCAUCUAUCGGACUGAACGGCGGCGACGGCGGUGAUCUACACUCGUCUUGUCUCCACUCACAGACCGGUCAGGUCGGCUCGGUCAAUUCGGUGGGUCCGACUGGAUCUUCGAAGCACAACUUUCGUCGUCAGGCGAACGGGGUUACAGGGAAAAAAACCACUCGCACCGACCAACCCGAGACCUCUGGUGAAGCUGGUACCCUGCCUGUGCCCGCGUUAGCAACUGGAACGGUCGCCACGGGAGCGUGUAUCGGCGCCAUGGUGACAGGAGUCUGCGAUUGUCUCAGCCUGACACAGAAUGGGAAACGACGAGGUCGAAAGCCGGGACUGAAUAGCACGAUGGCACAACGUUGCGCUGCUAAUGCUCGUGAACGUUCACGAAUGCGUGUUCUGUCCGGCGCUUUUGUCGACCUCAAAAGCGCUCUGCCUUGGGUGCCCAAAGAUACGAAGUUGUCGAAACUGGACACACUCAAGUUGGCGGCCGGAUACAUCGCUUAUCUGAAACGAGUCCUCGAGUCAUCUGGGCCCGGAGAACUCGAGUACCAGUUCGCCGAUGCUCUGGGACCCGGAGAGUCCGAGUCCUCGGGCCAGCAUUUGUCGCAGGCCUCGCCUGAACGUCUCUUUCAUCAGGUUGGUCUCUCGGGGCCUGUCUAUGCCUCGGUGCAUCAAGUGCUACACCACCAUCACCAACAACAGCAUCAACAUCAGCAUCAAUAUCAGCAUCCUCAUCAACAUCAUCCUCCUCAUCCUCAUCAUCAUCAUCAACAACAGCAACAACAACAACAGCAAAUUUCCACUUCAGCACAGCCUCAUCUUCAACAGAUGGGUGUCACGAGUCUGCGGCAGAUUUCGCAGACAACUACGCUUGAUGCUGUGUCGGAGCGAGACGUUGGCAUGACGACACUCCGAUCGGCCGAUUUAGAUGCAGGCUAUGGCUAUCGUCAGUUGAUUUGGCCGGGACAAUUGGUUGAAGAUGAAUCACCAUCGCUACCGGCCAGAGGAGGCAAUCGGCUACGUAGGCCUCAGUCGAGCCUGACCAGAACGAGACUGGAUCACUGUCCUGGCGAAUACGACUACGAUGAUGCCGAUGAUGUCGAUGAUGUCGAUGAUGUCGAUGAUGUCGAUGAUGACGAUGAUGAAGACGGCGGGGGUGGCGGUGAUGAUGAAGAUGAUGAUGAUUAUGAGGGAGAUGAGGAGGAGCUGGAGAGACCUGCCAAUGAAACGGAGGCUAAUGACGGGGAAGAAGGUGACGAGAAAGGGUACGAAGGGUACAUGAAAUAUGCCAGAACGGAGGGAAUGUCAGAGGAAGAUUUGAAUAGACACAACCGUGACAAAACAGAGAUGGGGGAGCUGUACUCGGAGAGCUCGGAGGAGCCUCGUCUUCUCGACCGAUUGACCAGACACUUUCUGCCCGGUCAACAACCGGAGGCGACACCGGCCGAUAGCACCAGCGGUAUCGGCUACAUUGAAGCAGAACAGGCCUAUUCUCGCCUCGUCACUACGAGCCAACUCUGCCGCCUCGGC